ACAUUCCAGGUGCUAAGGCCAGACUCAUCAUUCUUCAGACCCAGAUGAGGAAUGGUUAUUGUAACCAACUGAGAAAAUUGCGUCUUGCUUAAUUUAUUUUUUUUUUCUCUCCAAAGCCUUGAUGGAAUUUGUACCUUGUUCCACAAAUGGUGGUCAAGGAUGGCUGUUUCCCACUUGCCAACCUGGUCUUGUCUACUGCACUUCUCCCAUUUCAGCCAUCAAGUGUUAAACAAGGCUAAGAUUAACUGCUUCUCCAACAGCAGUCUGGAUUGUCAAAUAAGAUACCAGAGAUAAACACAGCUUCCUUCAAGCUCACAAAAUGACUUGGGGAUUGGAAUAAUGCAAUUCCAAGAGAAAGGCUCUUCAGCAAGUUCUGAGUGGCUGCAGAGCUGGCUAGAAAUGGUGAAUACAGGGAAUCCAUUCUGACUCAUAAAAUAGUCCCAGGAAAAAGAAAAACAAAAAAAGGAAAAAAAAAUGGAGAGCAGUUAUUCAUAUUUGGGGAGUGGUGGGGAAACAAUGGAUAUUCUUCACUAGUAGAGUGCUAGCUCAAUAAAAUGUAGGGAUUCUUUCUGAAUUUAUACAGAGGUCAGACUGGGCUGGCUUUUUUAUUUCUCACUUUUUAAUUUAUUAACUGAGUGUGUGAGAAAGAAGAAAACCUGCAACAAGCAAUGUUUGCUUUCUGCAAACUUGCAGCGCACCAGCAGAGGUACACAUUCCUGGGGACAGGCCGUUUUUAUACUCUUAUCUGAUGACCACUGUGCAGUUACAUCUUCAAUCAGUAAAUGUAUGUGUUUUUAAUAUGCACAUAUGUAUCAUUUAAGUAAACAACUGUAGGAAGGUGGAGAAAUAGUUAUAAAAAUAAGCAUUCUGAACAACAAACGAGCUUAGUGCACAUCUAAGGGAAACUUGGAAGAGACAAGCCUUCAUGAAGGAAUAACAUUGUUGAAACCAUAUGUUUUCCAUGUACUAGAGAGACUUUUAAUAGAUUACAAAUGCAUAUGACCGCAGAAAGUCUAAAAUUAGUCAGAGUUUUAAAGAGCUAAAGAUUGACACUAGUCAUUCCAGUCAGUAGAGCACUUCUUUUCAUCCAGAUCCAGUGAAUAAACAGAUGUGACUGAGCUGGGGGAAGUACUGGAGGGUCAUGGUGUGUCUCCAGCUGCUGAACAGAGUUGUACAAAACUUUGUUGCUAAUUUACAGUAUCCAGAAGAAAAAUUUUCUUCAGGCAUUGUGCCUCAUGGGAAGUAUGGUGGACUAGACCACAAAUAACCUGAGUUCUGUCCCUGCUCUGCCACUGGUAUGCUAAAAGGUCUUGAACAAGGCAUUCCUCCUUCUUGCACUUUGAAUUAGCAUCACAAAAUAGCAAAUCUCUGUAGACUAUACUACUUUGGGAACAUGAAUGAUGGUGGCUAGGAGUUGUAUUUUGCCAGCCUUUAUUCCCGUAGUUUCUUUGAACUUAGUAGCCUAGUAACCUAACUCAAGUGAGUUUUUAUGACCCUCAGGGUUUGUGCUGAAGUUCUACAAAAUGCUGCAUACCACAUGUUUUCAUUUUAACAGCUCCAGGGUUAAUCUGAGCUGAGCCCACCUUCAUUAAAGUGGUUUGUAAAUCUCAGCAAAACUUUCAUCAUCUGAUCUGAAUUAGGAAAUGAAAUCAAGAUCUUCUGUUAGGCUCUAAUAGUUUUAUCAGUCUGUGUAGCACUGUCUAUGCACAAGUGUAGUUCUCUUCCAACAGUGCUCACAUGGCAGCUCUGCUCUGCUGCACACCCUGCUCAGUCAGUCUCCUGCUCAUCCCUAGAUGAACUUCAUCCCAGAUGGCUUCAUCCUUCAUCAGUUCUGGAACAUGUGUGACAACUGAGGCAUGUGUAGUGAUGUCACCCUGUUCUGUGAUAUCACAGGCCUCUACUGAACAUGAUCUGGGUUCCUUCAUCCAUGAUACCUUGUUUUCAAAUGCAAUGUAAGGGUGAUCUUCCAACCCAUAUGGACAUCCUUCUCGUUCUGACAGCUAUUUGCAUUGUGCCUUGAGAUACUUACAAAGAGAGCUAAGUCACAGAGCUAGCUCGCAACAUCACUUACUGAAAAGUGUUUGAGCAUGGCUAGUACUACAGCUAGCUGUGUAAUGGCUCUUUGCUAACUUCACAGACUUUCAUCCCAGUGAUGCUUUUGUUGGGGGGUUUCAAGUCCAUAAGGAAUCAUUUCUAUUUUAGCAGCACUCUAUACAGCUCUUGGUAGGAGCAAGCUUAAGAAAAAGAAAUGUACCCAGGAGAAGGGAGGAAAGUAAUUUUGGUCUUCGGUAGAUAGGCUUGGUUCUUCAUCAGAUAUUUGAGCCAGAUCUCUGUGCUUUUUUUUUUUUUUCCUGUAGUGAAAAUGCAUUAUUGCAAACAAACCCACAAACAGAAAAAUCUUAGUAGACCUUCUGCAUUAUUAGAAAUCCUUUCCAAGUCUUUUACUUAAACUAUGAUGAAAAUGUAUCUAAGAAAAAGCCUGUUGCUCUAUUAAUUUCUUUAAUGAAGUAUUACUUUCGAUGUCUGUCAAAAAUAGUCACAUGGAAGACAUUGAACAAAAAUUUGAAAUGUGAAAAGAAUAAAACUCAUCAGGGAAUAAAUUAGUUUUACAACUGGCUAAUACAAAAUAAUACAGUACAAGUCUCUUAAAGUAGUAAAUAAUAAAGGAAUAAAACUGCUAAAAGAGUGUAUCUUUCAUUCUCUGAAGCUAACUGUAUAACAGCACUUAGCAGCAUUUAACCUCCAAGGGCCUCAGGAACAGGCACAAAGGUGAACGUAGCUUAGAAUCAGCGGGAGGGAACUUUCAUGAGGCCUGCGCUACCUGCUGCUGGUUGUCAGCAGCAUGCCUGCUUAUUCCACACCGUUUGCCAUCCUGAGCCUUUUUCAAAAUCUGAUCAUAAGCUGAUAGUUCUCAGGGCAUCUCUGUGAAGUGGAAAAGCAUGAUUCUUCCAGUGUGACAUACAGGGAAACUGAAAUAUGGCGAGGAUAAAGACUUGGCCAUUUUGUUCCGACAUGUAAUAUGGCUGUGAAGGCCUCCAUCUUACUGCAGCAUUUUAACAUGUUCAAACUGUGGUUUCCCUGUAUGCUACAAAACAGGAUUGCCUUUGAAUUACAUCUGUAUUUUAGCUACGGGAUGUACCUGAAUCUCGAAAUGGAAGCAAAGUAUCAACUUUAUCUUAGUAGCUGACUAAUUAAAAAACUCUUUCAACACAUUGUAGAGCUCUAUGAGUGGGGUUCAAAGGCUGACUUUACACCGGCAAAAGGAGUGCUUCCCGAGAGGGAUACAAUUCUCCCGCUGUGUUGCUGGACUGUGAUUGUUGUUUACUUUAGAAACGGGUCUGUCCCAAAAAAACUUUUUAGACUUUCAUUGAGGAAAAAAAGAUUUUUUUUUUCAUUAGGUAGAUACAGAGAGAUUCUCAGAUGAAAAAAAGCUGAGAGAAAGUGGAGAUUUGGGAGAAGGCAUAUAAAUGACAUUUCAAAUAAGCUUGUUGUGUCUUGGUGGGUCUUCGAGAGACCAAGCAAUGUCAGUUCAUGCAGGCUUUAUCCAGCGAUGUCCUCUCUCUGAGUUCUCUUCCUGUUUUUCCAUCCACUGUUCAGACAGUCUGCCCUGCAGCACUUAUUUGUUCUUCUGAAAUCAGUCACACUGAAGCAGUUGUAUGGAAUUAGGCUUUCUUUUACUGUAUCUGUCAACUAGUUUUUGGUUUGGUGGGGCUUUUUUUCUUUCCUCCCUAUUUCUCUCCCCCUGCAUGUAAACUCAUUCUCCAUGAGUUUAAUCAGAAGUAAGACCAAGGACAUUUACCUGAAUAGUCUCAGACUUGGGGUAUAUUUUAAAAUGUAACCCUUUUUUUAUAUAAAACUUACAAAACUAUUUUCAUUUAAUAGCACUUACUUGUAAAUCUCUCCACCCAAUUGUAAUGAGCUUUAAAGGUGUUUGAAAUUUAGAAAUGGGACGACGUUUUGCAGCGUUUCUGGUUUUGGUAUUCCCUAACCAUGGGAAUAACUUGCUUUUUUUUUUUGUUGGUUUUUUUUUGCACUGUUUACUUUGUUUAGUCAUAGAGAUUAUGCUAGAAACUUUAGAUUAAAACUGUGGGUAAAAGUAAUAGAAGGUAAAUGUGCUUUUGGAAAUUAAAAGACUUCAUAAAGCUUUGCACCGUGCAUGUCCUGUGGCCUUGCGUCUUGUAGUAUACAUGUUCUCCUGGCGUGUUCAUUGUAAACAGACUGCAUUAAUUUCAGAAAUAGUAGCAUACUUUUAUCAACACUGUGGAGAUUGUUCCCUUUUAUAAUCCACAUUAUCAGUUACAAUUCUCUCUCACUAAUUAUUUUAGGAUUGAAAUUGUUAUACUUUCUUUGAGACCUGAGAGGAAGAAAUUACAGGGGGGAAAAAAGGCUUUAGUCUUUUUGUUUCUUUUUUUAAUGGUGAUUUAGAGCAUAUAGAAAGAAAUGGGGAAAGAAUGAGAAUAAAUUACAGUAUUCCUAACAUGCUCAAUAAUAUAUUUUGUUUCUGCCUCAUUUCCAAAUUACCCAAAUUAAUGUUGUUUAAAUUUGGCUUGUUGUAGAUACCCUAGAGAACCUGGUAAUAAAUCAAAUGCCAAACAAGUUAGUUCAGUAGUUUCAAAGUGGUCUGUAUGCAUAACAUAUGUAGACUGAAUAUCACUUGUGCCCACACCUCACUAUUUUUCUCUGUUGAGAUCUCUCUCUAUUCUCAUGGAAACCAACCACUGAUUGACAGUAAUGCUAUGAACUUCCAUUUAUUAGCUAAUGCAUUUUCCCUGACUUUUCAUGAAAAUAGGAGCAGAAUGGAGCGUUAUGGAAUAUUCAUGGAACAAAAUUCCAGAAAAAGAGGUCUUAGGGUCAGGAGAAGGGAGGGAAUGGGAAACAGAUGCCAGAUUGCCUGUAGAGAGUCCAAGCAUGUGUUUUUGUUUGUAGCAAUGAUGCACAUGCCUUUUGCGGGUGCAAUUAUUGCUUCUGCCUUUGAAAGUUUCACCAUGUCUGUUUCUCAAUCUCCCUUCAUUUUUGACCCAAAUUAACCUCUUCUCAGUACAGUUACUUAACCUUGUUUUCUCUUGGGAGUAUCUGUGCACCACCAUGUUGUAGGUGUUCUUUCCUAAAUGCUGGAGAUGACUCUGAAUUCAAAUCCCUUUCUGGACAGAUUUAAUUCAUUAAAUAUUUCUAUCUUCUCAUAAUCUGCAUGCCCUGGAUUUUAUAUUUCUCUGAGUCACUGCAAUGAACAACACCACAUGAGUGAAAAAAGACAUUCACCCUUUAUUUUUCGUCCCUGCCUAACAUCUAGCUUUAAGCAAAGGCAUACAAUCUGUAAGUAGCUGAAAACCAGGACCUAAGGUAUUUGAAUAUCCAUUUAACAUAUCGUGACACUUUCCUUUUAAUCUAUCAAACACUUAAAAUUCUGAUUUCUCUUGUUCUGGCAAUAGCUUGUCUCAUUUGAGUGACAUCUCAGGUCUAAUGAAGCUGACUGCAGGUGACUCACAGCUAACUGCAACAGAUGUGGGGUGAAAGCUUUUAGCAGCCGCACACCUCCAUGUGGGAAUUCUCAGCCCAUUGUACCUGUGACACUGACACUCUUCUAUUUUCCCACAUCAGACUCAGGCUUUAGCCUCGACCUGACAGAUUUAAAGUCACAUAAGCUGUGUCUCAUCAUAGAGUAUUUUAUAUAAGAGGGACUUAAGUGUAUUAGCAUUUCUUAGUUUUGUUUGGGAAAUGGACAAAGAACUGUAUCUUAAUAUUCCUGUACUCUAGGGAGCUUUGAGCCUUCUAUGAGUUUUCUAACUUGGGUUUAAUCCUUAGGCUGGGAUGCUAGCAAGUGUUUCAGCUUGCUGCCAGGUGGUUAAAUUCAGCUGCUGGUUGUACUGUAUCGUAUUGAAUAGAAUAUGCACUGGUUUUAAAUGUAAUGUAAGGUGUCAUGAAGAGCAAAGUAUCAGAAUACAGAGCCACAUCUACCGCAUACAAAGUGAGAAACUUCCAUGCUCUCUCCUGAAAAGAGGAGAUUUUGGUAUCUUGAGAGCCUGUUUGCAACAGAACUAGCAUAUUGCCUAUGGUUUUCUCCACCUGCUUGAAUUGAGUUUCCUGUAGUAUAACCUGCAGUGUACUGGACUGAUGCUGGGAGAGUGAGAGCCGUGGGACAGCUUACACAUGCGAGCCCUGCAGUGCUGGAUCGGUUAAGGAGAAUCAGAUGGAUCGGCAGAGUUUCACAGUUUCUAAUGUGCCGCCCACAGUAGUUUGAAGUAACUGCAGCCUGUAUCAGGUCUGUCAAAGCUGAGUGGUAGACUUCACCCCACAUGGUGCAACCAACCAAAUGGGAUGCUCACUUGGGAUGGCUGUUGUGUACGGAUGCUUUUGUCCUAAAGGCACCAUGAGCUUACUGAUUUCCAGCCAGUAGCUCUCCAUGCUAUUUGUCGAGAAAGCCAUUCUUUUGAGCUAGAGGUGUGUAUCUGGGCCCUCAAAAUAGAAGCUAUUGAAAUGCACAUAUAUGUAUUUUUAUUUAUUUUAUUUUAUAUGGGGCAAAGUUGCCUGAAGCCUGUUUAUUAGUUAAUAACCACCUCCAGGUUACCGUCUCUAAUCUUGUAAUGAAAUUGAGUUAAUAAAUCCAAGAUAUUAUUAAAUAAAGUAAGUAUUUAAUAUUACUUGUCCUCUUUGAAUCCAAGUCGCAAUACAACAGAAUUUCAUUUUAUAAAUAACACCUUUCGUGCUAGCACCACGGGGCAUGAUUCAAAAGAAUCUAAAUAGAACAUGAAUGCUGUAAUCAAAUGCAGACCCCAGGAAGGCAAAUUAAAAAGGCAUGUUGCUGGUUAGCACAGCAGACGGGGUAAGUAUAGCGGGUCACAGCAGAAAAGCUAGUUACAAAAACAAGGGCACAAUCGAAUGAAAAUUGUUUGCUUGCCCACUCCAAACCAUGACUGGCUGCUUCUGUGUCCAUGACCUAUUUUUUUAAUAAAGGAAUAUUUAGAGAGGCUGUUACAUUUUAAUUGUUUUAUACUAAACAAGAAAACAAAAAACUCAACCUUGUGUUUGCAUCUGGAGGACACUACUGGUUUAUCUAUUUAUAAAGAGUGAAGCUACAUCUAGUGAAGACUUUUCCACUAGUUUAUCUCAUCUCUCUCUGUUUAUCUCUCAUCUGGUCUAUUUCUCUUUGCAUCCACUGCCAAAGCCCAUGCAUCUACUCCUACACUGAGGAACAUAUAGUAGAGGGAAAACUGAUGGGAAGUGCCAUGAAGCUUACCUUGCAGAGAUCCUGCAAGUUUUCUGUUCAGAGGACAGGAUUGGCAGGAGUGAAGGAAACUGGCCUCCAGGUGCUCAGAAGCCCAGUGUCAGAGACAGCCUUACCACGGUACAACUCUCCUUGUAGUGUGUGCCUGGCUUUGUUGCCCAUAACAUCUUGCUAUCCGUCCUCCCUGAGGGGGUUACAAAGGUGGAGCAGAGGUUAAGCAGAGGUUAAUGGAGUGAAAAACAGAAUUAAUCUCUGUGGGUUUAUUGGUGGCUGCUCCCAAGGUGGCCUCUGCUGCGUGGGGAGAUAAGGGGAGAAAAGCCCCUAUCUCCAAGACUCUACUGGGUCUCUUCCCCUUUCUUUGUGAAGGUGCAGGGAGAGCAUCAGCCCCUCAGGGGCUUGCCCUUUCUUGGGCUAUGUAAGGCAUUUUAACAGGUAGGAUCAAACCAGCCUAACGCAAAGUAACAAAUCACAAAAACUGGUCUGUAAACACUCCUAUGGAAAGAAAAAAUAAAUAAAAGCUUCUGGAGUGGUCUGCUGUGCAAGGUAAAUGAAAUAUUUAGUGAUGGCAGCAGCAGAAAGAAAAAGAAAUAUGAGAUCUUGCAUCUCAAGUUAUUAGUGGCCUGUUAAAAUACAGGUUGACAAGUGCCUUUACCAAAUUAAAACUUUGAAAAAGGGCACAAAUGGGAUAUGUCAAACUAAACAAUUAGUACAAAAUGAUCAUCCUUCUGGUUCUUACUGUACUGCAGUUCUGAGGCAGUAGCCACUGUUAACAGUGAAACAAGAGUGGUAUGAUUCCGAGGCUCUCCUGAAGCCUGUAAUGGAGACAGGCCGCAGUGACAGGCAGACAGUUGGAAUUUGCUGAGAUUUUGAUCACAACUGCUUGAUCUGUUCACUGCUUGUGUUGUUUUGUUUAGUCUAAUUUUCAGAAACCUCACAGACUUUCUUCUUUUUUUUUAAUAGAAGAUUUCAUUUCAUUCUCUGCUCCCCAUUUCUAUAGUACAGGCAUCCCUAAUGCUUAAUGAUACUGAAUAAUCAGAAUGCCAGUGUUUAAUUUAGUGUCUGCUAUUGAUCUCUGGACUGUUUAGCAAAUGACUUAUUAAACACACAGGACUGCUUUUACUUUCAUCUAUGUAAACCGUUUAAAGGCAGCUAAGUUAUUGGGAACCUAAGGUCAGCUGAUCAGCUUGCUGCUUAGAAACGUGGAAGAUUUUACUGGGCAUGGUCAGGAAUUAUUUUUUUAAAUUCUGCUCCAUUAUCCCAUACGCACCGCUGCUCUCUGAGCACCUCAUCCUCUGGCCACCUCUAGGUAAUAAGAAUUCAUUUGGAAGUACUUGAAAUUUUCUUUAAUUAUCUUAAAUAUUCCUAGUGAUGCUUGUAAACACAUUGGUAGCGAGAGGUGAAUGAUGAGCAAACCAAAUUAACGAGCAAAGCAGUUCUAGUGAGACAGAUCUACCAAUGGCUGCUCAAACUUCUUGGGCUUCUUAGGGCUUCUCCCUUUUUGGAGAAUGGAGUCAGCUAUGAUACUGCCUUAAUGCACUUCACAUGGGUGCUGGGAAGUGAGCAAAUGCCUGGUUGUGGAUCCCUGUGAGCUGAACGCAUGCUAUGGAUUAAUAAAGCCCUUACCUAGUUUCUCCUUGAGGAUUUUUACUGAAAUAUCUGAGCAAAGAUAACAAGCAACUAUAAAGGUGCUAAAAUAACCUUGGACUUCAGUCGAUCAUUUAACUGUGAAUGCUGUUGGACAGAGAGAGAAUAUUUGGACUCAGUUUACACAUUUUUAAUUGUUUGGUAUUAGCAUGUAUGACCAGAUGGUCAGCUUUACAGUUUACCAGUCAGUCUGCUAUAAUCAAGUUGAGUUCCUUCCUUCCCACAGCUCCUCAGGUGUUGUAUGGGUGUUGUUGCUUUGAUUAUUCUGUACUGAGAAGUGUCUUGAAAAUUCUUUUGUUUAUUUAGAUCACCUUGGUACUGUAGAUUUUGAAAUGCUUUAACAAUGGUUUCCCGAAAAGAUGUGAAUGUGAAAGAGCUGUGAUUUACUAUAAAUUUUGCAUUAAACACCCUCAAGUUUUCCUUUCAACCAUUCUUCAAUCUUAAGCAUAUCUCUGUCUCAUUCACCUGCAUUCAUAGACUGACUGUUGCAAAAAAGAAUCAGUGACAGCAUUGCUUCGCCAGCAAGAACAUGCAGGUGUAAAGCUAAUUAGUUUAAAAACAUAUUUUCAUUUGUAACCUAGUGCAUACAGGAACAACAGGCGAUGCAAUUUUGGGGGGGCUUUGGGACACUGAGAUUUGGGUGAGGUAUGGAUAGGUACUACACUCACAAGGAAGGAAUUGCAGCUCUUUCUCAAAUGGAAGAGUCCCAUAGAAAGAAAGCGUAAAUCAGCACUGCCAAGAUGUUUUCAGUAUCUCACGAUCUUUUAGUCUUUUGUCCCACUUCUCCCCUGAAGUAACUCCUCUCCGGCUAUACUCUGCUUUUCUAGUCAUGACCCAAAACACAGCACUGCCAAGCAUCUCGGCUCUCAUCAGCAAUCCAUGAUCUUCUAAUGCUGUACAUGCCAGACAGAUUUAAUAAGCUCCCUAAUAAUGACUUGUAGCAUACUGGUUUCUCAUCGACUCAGGCCAUCCCCCCAUUCUAGGUCUCAAAUAUGCUUGAUAAAUUAUUUGAAUUAUGCAUUCUGUUGCCAUCUGUGGUUCCUCAUAAAGAGACUGCUAUUUGCCGUGCAUUGUGCCAAAUCAUGCAAUAGUUUUUGCAGAGCCAGAGAGUGGACUGAAAUCACCAAACUUAUGUCACUUGCGACCCACAGAGCAAUCAAAUGUAAGCUUUAAGCUGACUGCAGUUUUAGUAUUGUGAGAUGAGGGUGAAUCCAUAGUCUCCAGCCCAUAAAUCUCACAAAUUCUAGGGAGGCAUGGGAGAAGUUCAUGUAUAUAUUUAAAAAAAAUAAUACAUAUAUGAAAUGAUCUUAUAGCUAUGCAUUAUAAAAUGCAUAAAAUACUGUUAUAUAUAUAAAUGCAAAGAUAUGCACAGACAUGUAUACACACACCCACGUACAUCUACUGUGACCUUCUCCUCCUUCCCCUUGCCUUGAACUUCCUCCCUGAAUCUGUCCGAAUGGCGGAGCGAUGAGCAUUUCUAAAGAAAUGUAGCCCUGUGUGAAACCUUGGAAUAGUGACAUCUGUUGAAUUUGGACAGUUUUGUUUGUCUACUGGGAAAUCUCAUGAGCUUCCCAAUAUUUUUUUCUAAGUUGGCGUUGCCCUCCUUCCCUCCCUCCCGGAAAGGGAGGGUGGCUUCAGGAGACAUGGCUGCUUUCUCGUGUUCUGGUGCGGUGUAAAGUUUUCCGUCGAGAGACAAUAAUGUACAUUCCUCUGGCAGGACGAGAUGGAUUUUUUUGUUUCUCUUGCUGUUGUUUAUUUAUAAGACAUUUCCUCUUGCUUAGUGGAAGUUUGAUCAUAAGAGGCUCCAGUGAUUUUCCUUCCCACCUCUCCCCUCCCUAAUUUCUCUGCCUCGGCACUCGCUCUGGAACACAGUGAACUCAAAAAGCCCAUCGGCGCGGGGCACGCUUAGCAGCCAAGCCUUGCCACUCUCCAGAGACUGUGAGGUGAUUCUCCUUCGUCACCGCUUGGACCAGGAACCACAGCCCUGCAGUGGUUGGCAGUUUUCCUCAACUUUGCAAGAGAGAGAGAGAGAGAGAUUUGGUUGGAAUGAAACCUUGCUCUUCAUACAGUCUGCUUGAGAUGCAGCUUUGAAAGAUCACUCAUAAUCAAUUUGUGGCCUUCCUCUGAAGGAACCUUUCCUGACUCUUGUACACAGCCUCUCUCUGUUCCCUGCCCCAAUGAACGUGUGCACUAGGUCCAAGGCUUGGAGUAAUUUACCUGAAGAGUGAUACCAUUUGGAAACCACUGAAGAAACCCAAGACAGCUGAAAACCAGAAGGCGUCUGAGGAGAAUGAGAUUACUCAGACGGGUGCAUGCAGCGCCAAGCCAGGCCUUCCCUGCCUGAACCUUGAAGCUGUUCCGUCUCUGAGCCCGGCCCUCAUCCACUCACCACAUUCACCAACAAACCUACACGCACACACAGGGUCAUCUGAUUGUAACAUCAGUUGCAAGGGGAUGACAGAGCGCAUUCAUAGCAUCAACCUUCACAACUUCAGCAAUUCUGUGCUCGAGACCCUCAACGAGCAGCGCAACCGUGGCCACUUCUGUGACGUGACGGUCCGCAUCCACGGGAGCAUGCUACGCGCCCACCGCUGCGUGCUGGCGGCUGGCAGCCCCUUCUUCCAGGACAAGCUGCUGUUGGGCUACAGUGACAUCGAGAUUCCCUCAGUGGUGUCAGUCCAGUCUGUGCAAAAGCUCAUUGACUUCAUGUACAGUGGGGUGCUGCGAGUCUCACAAUCAGAGGCCCUCCAAAUCCUCACAGCUGCCAGCAUCCUGCAGAUCAAGACUGUGAUUGAUGAGUGCACAAGGAUUGUCUCACAAAAUGUAGGAGAGGUCUACCCGGUGAUUCAGGAUUCUGGCCAGGAGACACCCAGAGGAACACCUGAAUCAGGCACCUCGGGGCAGAGCACCGACACAGAGUCUGGCUACCUGCAGAGCCACUCACAGCACAGUGUGGACAGGAUCUACUCAGCCCUCUAUGCCUGUUCCAUGCAAAAUGGCAGUGGGGAGCGCUCCUUCUAUAGUGGGGCUGUGGUCAGCCACCAUGAAACAGCCCUGGGGCUCCCCAGGGACCAUCACAUGGAAGACCCCAGCUGGAUUACCAGGAUCCAUGAACGGUCACAGCAGAUGGAGCGGUACCUCUCUACCACUCCAGAGACCACACAUUGCCGCAAGCAACCACGCCCUGUCCGAAUUCAAACCCUGAUGGGCAACAUCCAUAUUAAGCAGGAGAUGGAGGAUGACUAUGACUACUAUGGCCAACAGAGGGUGCAGAUCCUUGAGCGCAAUGAGUCUGAGGAAUGCACUGAGGACACUGACCAAGCAGAAGGCACUGAGAGUGAACCCAAAGGGGAGAGUUUUGACUCGGGAGUCAGUUCCUCCAUUGGUACUGAGCCCGAUUCUGUGGAGCAGCAGUUUAUGACUGGUCUGGUCAGGGAUGGGCAGCAAGAACCUUCUCAAGCAGAUCAAAAUGAUAUCCCUGCUGAUGGCAGUCAGCCUCAGCAGCAGCAGCAGCAGCAUGUAGAUGCCAACUCUUCCUCGCCAGAGAGAAGCAAUGACGUUGAAAUGGACAGCAAAGUGCUCACAGUCAAUAACAGCACCGAAAAGGGGGCUUUGCAGCCUUCUGUCAACACAACUGUUGCCCAACCGUUGCCAACCACACAGAUCUACUUACGCCAGACAGAAUCCCUCACCAGCAAUCUGAGGAUGCCACUGACUCUGACCAGCAACACUCAGGUCAUUGGCACAGCUGGCAACACAUACCUGCCUGCCCUUUUCACCACACAGUCUGCUGGCAGUGGCCCUAAGCCUUUUCUCUUCAGCCUGCCCCAGCCCAUAGCUGGGCAACAGACACAGUUUGUGACAGUGUCCCAGCCUGGCCUGUCAACUUUCACUGCUCAACUGCCAGCCCCUCAGCCCUUGGCCCCAUCUGCGGGCCACAGCACAGCAGGUGGGCAAGGCGAAAAAAAGCCUUAUGAGUGCACUCUCUGUAACAAGACUUUCACCGCCAAACAGAACUACGUCAAGCACAUGUUUGUACACACAGGUGAGAAACCCCACCAAUGCAGCAUCUGUUGGCGCUCCUUCUCUCUGAAGGAUUACCUAAUCAAACACAUGGUGACGCACACCGGCGUGAGGGCCUACCAGUGCAGCAUCUGCAACAAGCGCUUCACCCAGAAGAGCUCCCUGAAUGUGCACAUGCGCCUGCACCGCGGGGAGAAGUCCUAUGAGUGCUACAUCUGCAAGAAGAAGUUCUCCCACAAGACCCUACUGGAGAGGCAUGUGGCUCUGCACAGUGCCACCAACGGCACGCCCGGAGCCACUGGCACCGGCACAAGGGCCGUCCCCGCCGGGGUGGUGGCCUGCACAGAGGGGACCACGUAUGUCUGCUCUGUCUGUCCAGCUAAGUUUGACCAAAUUGAGCAUUUCAACGACCACAUGAGGAUGCAUGUGUCAGACGGAUAAGUAGAAUCUCUCUCUCUCUUUGUUAUGAACAAAAAAUAGAAACAACAACAAAAAAAAGCUAUGGCACUAGAAUUUAAGAAAUGAUUUUUGUUUCAUUUUUACCUUUAUUUUCCUCCUUUUUUUGGGUUCGUUUCGUUUUGUUGUUUUUGUACUACAUGAAGAACUGUUUUUUGCCUGCUGGUACAUUACAUUUCCGGAGGCUGGGUGAAUAAUAAUUUUCCCAGCCUCCCUUGGAUGGUGGCCUUAAGGCCAGGUAGUGCUUCACGAGCUCCACUGGUUGGAUCUCUAACUACUGGCCUCUAAAUACAACCCUUCUUUACUACAAAAAAACAAACAAACAAAAAAAAAUCAUAAAAAAUCAAAAAACAGACAGAAAAAAUAAAAUAAAAAAAAAAUUUCUUUUUUCUCACUUGUGAAGAGCACUACAAAAAAAAAGAAACAAAACAAAAUAUAUUACAAAAUCUACAAGGCCUACUGUCAUUAUAAGUACACCGCUCGCAGUGUUUCAAUGGACAUAAUUCUCAAUGCUGACCGCUUUUGGACUUCACAGUAUCCAGUUAGAACUGUGGAAUAUUUUGCUUCUGGUUGAGCAGCAACCAGAGGAACCAAGGCCCUGCUGGUCUCCACCACCUGUCUGCUUUCUCACACACACGCACCCACAAACACACGAAAGGGCUGAGGGGAGUGCAAGGCAGUGUGGCUUGGAUAGUGUGGAGUCCCUGCAGGAUGAGGAAAAAGAAUCAGAGGUUCCUCACCUGGAUUCUGCUCCAUCCCACGCUCUCUGGCUCACCCUCCCCGCUGCUUUUCCCAUAUCAUCACCACCUUACAGCAGAAACCAAGAAGAUUCAGACAACGAGCAACGGUGGCUUUUUGUAAUUUAUUCAGUGUCUUCGCUGAGCCCAGGGCCUCAGCACAAUCAAGAGGGACUUUCACAGAAGGCAAAGAGAAACAGAGGAAAAUCAAAGAUAUCAGAGGUUGCAACCUAUGGAUCUAGGUACAAGAGAAGGGUUAGUUCCCACAAUCUUGCAAAAAAAAAAAAAAAGAGUUGCAUCAGGAUUUAUUCUUGUGGAAAAAGGAGGAAUAGAGGGUGGGCGGGGAGGGGAAUAAUUAAAAAAAAAAGAGUUCUUGGGACUUUUUUUAAUUCAAAAUUUUAUAGAGGGGCAAAAGUGACGUUUACCAGAUAGAAUGCUGAUUUUUUUAAUAUAUUUACAACAGUAUUUGUGUAAAAAAAAAAACAAAAAGUGAGAUUGUUAAAAGUAAUUUUUUCUUUGUUUUCUUUUUUGUUUUGCGUACACUGCCACUAAUAUCUUCUCUUUUAUUAUAAAUAUGAAUAUAUAUAAAUAUAUAUUUUAUUUUAAAUUGAGACUGUUAAGGUUAGCUAACCUGCUUCCAGAUUGAGGGGGGAGGGGAGAUGAUCUUGAUUUUUAUUUUAAAAAAGAGGAAGGAUGUUUCUUAAUUUUUUUUUGAGUAUUAUUUCUCUCUCUUUCUCUCUCUCUCUCUCUCUCUUUUCUAAUGGAAUCAAGAAUUACCCGGGUCGAUGGGGGGGGGGGGGGGGGCUUUGUAAAGUCAUCUGUGGGAUUAUCUACUAGAGUUUGUGCGUCCUGCAGUGUCAGUUAUACUUCUACUUUGUUUUUGAGUUAUGUGGUUCUCAAUUGGCUCAUACCAAGGUUUUGUUGUUUCUAGUUUUGGUUCCAUCCCAGAAUUUAUUUCCACUGAAGGGAGGUUCCUUUUGAGAAAGAGAUUUUCCCUCAAUGUUCCCUUGGUUUUGGGGAUAUAGGAUUUGUAAUCUUUUUCUUGUCUUUCUUCAUUUUUGCAAAUGUAAUGAAAGUUUUGGAAGUGUGUAAUAACUAGGAUUCCCCUUCUUUUUGGUCACUGGACUAGAGUUAAUGUGCUGUAUUGUUCUCUUAUCCCUGCCUUGCUCGCUGGAGAGCUUCCAUAUUUGUGUGGGAAUCUGAUCCUGCCCCUGGUAGUUUGUGCUGAUGCCAAAAUGACUUAAAACGUUACCAUUGCAAAUAAUCUUCCCUUCUUCAUUUGCAAAAAUGUCUAACUUAAGGGCCACAUCCCACAUUCUCUGCAUAUGUAAAGCUAUGCAAGGAAUGUAGGAUCAGUGUGAAAGGUUGAUUCCUGAUCUGCAUAUAUGUGUUGGUGUUUUGUAUUUUGUUUUAUUGUGUUUGGGAUGGUGUUCUCCCUAGUCAUUUUCUGUGUAUCUGUGUGAGAAUUUUCCCCCAAAGCCAACUCCCAAAGUACUUAGGUCCUUAGUUCAGUUGGAUCAGUGUCUGACACUGUCUUUGUCUUGCUUGAAAUCCAUAGCUAGGAUUUGCACCAGCUGCACUCUGGACUUUAUAUUUUAGGCAGAGAAGAAGCACCUAACAAAAAUAUGCAAAAAAGAAAAAAAAAGAAAAAAAAUUGCUAAUUUAGCUUUUACUUGUGUCUAUAUUUAAAUUAAGCUUUCUUAAGUUUACAAAAUCUUGCUUGUGAACACUGAGCAUUUCACAUGAGACGUUCUUUUAUGCUGGACAACUUUCUAAAUACUGAAUCAAUAGGACUACACAUAAAAUGUGUGUUCUUUACACCUGCAGCUUCUGUAUCGGAUGUCUGUGAUUCAGCACAGGUAACCUCGUUGCUACCUUCUAGACCUGUUCCAUUUCUGACUUUUUAUAGGGAAAAAAAUGAUGGAUACUUCAGUCUCAGAAUCUUUCAGUAACCUGCAAGGUAUUGUUCAGCAGAUCCUAAGUGUCCAAGGCCUGAUUCUUAGUUGCACUAGACAGCAUAAAGAGACUUUGAGAUGAGUGCCAGAGCAAAUGAGCCUUUUAUGUGGUAACGUCUUUUUUGUCGCCAGUUUCUUUGGGUAGUUGAAGGAUUUUCAAAAAGUAUCUACAUUAGGUUGGCUGAGCCAGAGAAGGAACACAUUGAAGUUAAAAAUACAUUGUUUUCAUAACUGCAUUGGUAAGAUAAAUGCUGACCGGUAAAGCUAGAAAUGAAAAGACUAAGCCUAAGACACAGAGAGGGAAAACUAGUAUCUGCUGUGUAAAGAAAGACACACUAAAUCUGAAAAUUCAUGCUGUAGAGGCCACGGUUGGAAAGAGAAUAGAAUGAUGAGCCUAUACAAAAUGAGUUAAAAGUGUUUCCUUGAGGAAAGUAGGUUUUUGUUUUUGUUUUUCUGAGAUCGUUAGUAUUGAGAUGUUUGGAGUUCUCCCAUUUGAGGAAUUAAUGAAUUUUGCCAGGCUUAAAAAUUUGUAGCUGUUCAUUUGCCAUCUGAGGUCUGGGGAAAAGCUGUUCAAUUUGCCACUGUUGAAUCUGAUCAACUACAGUCGAAAUGUAGCAUAUUCUGAAAUAUGGUUCUGAUACCAGGAGAGAUGCCCAUACACAGGAAAUAAAAAUCAAGGUUUACAUCCACCAAAAUCCUAAUAACAGUUUAGAGAGAAAAGUCCUAUCCAUAAUUAUUAAUUCCACAAUUUUCAACCUUUCCUAAAUGGAAAAAGCAUCCUUUGAAAUGCAAAUUUAUUACAGGGCAUAAUCAAUUUUAAGUGAAUUAAAGAUCAGCUACGAAUGAAUGAACAUAGCCAAAUAAAAGUAAACUCCUUAAAGUAAAGCUAAGGCAUAUAAAUUGAAUUCUAAAUCACUUGACGGAGAACUGAGGCCAAGGUCUUCACAAGCAGAAAUAUAAACAGAUUUUGUCUAAUAUCCAGGCUCAAAAGGUAGUGGCUAUAUUUUGUAAAACAUAGAACAACUUGCAGCAUUCCUGGAUAUGUCGCUGAAAAUGCUCAUCAGGUCACUGAUGCAUUUAAGCACCCUUCUGUGAACUGAGGAGCUCAAACACAGAUCUCUUUGUCUUUUGAAAUGUUAAAUUACUUUUAAUAAUGCUUCUUCCUGUCCAUAGAAAUAUUUAUUUUCUAUGUGGAAACAACUACAAUAGCUGAUUUUUGCAAGUAUUAUUCAGCUUCAAGUGUUGCUAAGCCCAGUGAACUACAAACUCCUGUUGGCAGUGUUUGAGUGCAUCUAUCUCAGUAUGUUCAAAAGAUUUCCUUCAAAACACCUAAUAAAAUUACAUAGAUGCGCAAGAGCAGACAAUAGCACACAUCCCUUUGAUGUGUGAAGCACACAACAUCCUGCAUUCCUUGAGCCUGAUUCUCGCUUUCCCUAAAGCUCUCUUUAUGUUGCUUUGGCAAUGGAAAACAGCAUCAAAAGGGGCACAAAUUCAAGCAUAGAAAUGAAGGCUUCUCUACAAGGCGAAAGUGCAAUCAGGAAGCCUUAGGGUAAAUGAGAGGUAAGUGCCUUCUUGUACUGCUGCUGAGGCUGAUGAAGUCAAUUGAAAAUAUAGGGACAGCCACAGCAGAUUCACCCUGUGGUCCACCUCACUUGGUGUUCUGUCUCUAAGACCCAUGUUGGAUAAUUACAAAGUAGUAAACCUAAGGAAGAAGAUUUAUUAUAAUCCCUAUUAGAUAUUUAUCUGCUUAUAACCCGAAGACAUAAUAGUUGAUGGCCUUAACCUUUUAUCCCACAUAAAAAUUGCAUAUUGUGGCAGAUAAUUCUCAUUAUCCUAUAAAGAUCUAGCUCAUUAAUUGAUAGAUGGCCUCAAUGCUAUCCUAUGGAAGUGAGUUGCUCUGUGUAACUACUGCCUUUUAGAAAAAAAAUUCAUUUUCUGGUUAAAUUUGUUGCUGUUCAUUGAAACGCCAUUGUUCUUGUAUUCCAUGAAAGCAUAAAUCAGAAGACCAAAAUUUGUCUUCUGCCUCUUGUUGGGAAAUCUGAAUCCGCAAGGAAUGCAGGACCACGAGAUCAGUGUUUGCUGGUCAGAAAGGAGAGAACAGCUAGUAACUGUGUGUGUGUGUGCGUGUUGGGCAUGUGCAUCAGUGAGGUUCUCCUACAAGAUUUCUUGAAGAGGCACAGAAAGUACAGCUCUUACAUAAUCAGAACAUAACAGGAGAGUACACCAGUAUUUAGAAAUUGUAAUAUGAGCAUUUUGAGCUGGUCACUGCUGUCACAAAACCCCCAGUAAUCAUCUCUCAUAAGGGAAACAGGCAUAGAUGUGUUGCAGGAGCUUCUUGGAGCAACAACUGUCUUGCUGCCACUAGGCCCACUUCUGGCCCAUGCUGUUAGAUAUUUUCAAAAACAGCCCAAAUUCACAGUAAGCAGAGAAAAGGAUCAUUUAAUGCACUAAAUCAAUAUGAUUUCCCUUUGCUCUUUAGUCAGAGAGGCCAAGUGAUGCCCAUUUUUUCUUGUGAUUUCUUUUUCAUCCAAAGAAAAGUUGAGUAAUAACCCAUGUCUGCCCCCCUCACUUCUUACUAACCCCAAACUGACUGGUUUCAAUCAGCCUUAAACUGCUCAGUUAAUGCUGGAUUGUUCACAUGGUGGAAUAGCAGAUCUCUUGCCUAUAGUAUUAUUCUAGCAUGUCCUGCCUCUCUUAGAAUAGAAAACAAACCUUGCAGGGAAAGGUAAAAAACAUACUCCUUGCUUAAGCAUUGAGUCCAAUCCAAAAACAUUUCAAACCUAACCAGAACUCCAGUGUGCUUAUGACUAUGACCCUUUCAACAGUCUUACAGUAAGGUGGUCCUGCAGCUCUCAUUGCUCAAGGUGACUUGCUACUCAAAAAGAAGUAUACUAUCACUUUAGUACCUGGUGGCUGUUCUCUCAAGGAAAACUAGACUUUGAUAAUCCAACCCUUUCAAUUCUGCAUCCAACUCCUCUGAGCUACUGAAAGAAACCUGAUAGAAAUGAAUCAGCACAUAAUGUAACUGAAACAGCAUCUCAUCAGCCUAAAGCAAAAUAGCUACCUUUCACAUUCUUUGAGUUGUUGUUAUGCUAGCUGUGACAACUUGUGAAGGAGGUGCAACCUGAUGUAAACUUGACUUGGAAAGGUUCUGAGCCUCCUCAGCUCCCAAGGGACUUGUCACUCAGAAGGAUUUAGCCCCUAAGUGAUCACAACCCUGCUAAAGAAAGACUUAAGGAAGAAAAUAUGUUACAUCUGUAGUCUUGACUUUGCAGGUGCAAUGAAAACCCUUCCUAGUGCAAUACAAGCAGCAAGUAAGUUGAAAUAAGGAGAAAAAAAAAUGAGAAAGAAAUAAGGAGUGUAACAUUGAGGGUGGAAAGGUCCUCCAAAAAACUUUGUCAACUUGGAUUUUAACCUCCCACUUUGCACAUUUGUCCUUAACUAUUUUUCAAAAAGCAAAGAGCAGUGAAAUAUUUUUUUGGAAGUGAAUACGCUACAGCCUCAAUCACAGUUGCUUAAAACAGAAAUGCAUCUGAACAGUAUCGAGGGUACUUAUGUUUGUAUCCAUAGCAAAGUUCUAUCCAUAACAUUCUCUUCAUAUGAAUUGCAUUAUAUUGUGGUUUUUUUUUAUGACAGGGAAGUGAAGAAGUAAAGAAGUGAUUCAUGGUGUUCUCUUAGCACUGGAUCAUGUUUCUCAGCUAUUUCUUACCUUUUGUUACAGCUACAGAUUUGGUCCUCUUCCAAAGUGAUCCCUCUUUACUGAGUUGGUUGGCAUCACCUCCCUGUAAAACACUGGAGGAUAAAUCCUGCUCCUACACCAAGUAAAUAAUGUGAGCAUAUGUCUGCACACUUCAUACAUUUUACUUUGUGGUGAUUUUUGCCAUGUUUUGUCGUAUAGAAGAGUUGAGGAAAGUGCAGAGCUUCGUUAGAUACAUGCUGUAGUGCUCAGCUGUCUGCUUCUGCACCGUCCUGUUCUUAAAAAAUGGAUAGGCACAUUUCUGAGGUCUAUACAUCUAACUAGGCAUCUUUUCUAUUUAACUUUGCUCCUUUUCUUUUUGCCACCUGAAUAUUUCCAUGUUCUUUGUUGACAUUUGCAGAGUUCCCUAAAAGCACCCCCAUGUGAAGAUCUAGUGUUUGACUAGAAAGGAGCAGUGCAUUCAGGAAGAAGGACUACAGUCAUGCAACUGCCCUGAAACACUUCACGGCUUCUUUCUUCUCAUUCUUCCCCAAAAGCCUUUUUCUCGGUUUUUGUUUGUUGCACAGUCUGUUGGUAUCUAUGAGAUCUCUGAAUAAAACCAAAUUAUAUGUCCUCUGUUUACGUGUGCAUGUGUAUGUGUGCAUGUGUAGGUAGCUAACUAGCUAGCUCUGAAUCAGGAAAGGGUUCAAAUGAAACAAUGGUUACAACAGUAACUGUGGAGCACUGACAUGAAUCUGUAGUACACUACUUAAACAGUAUACAUGCACACAUAUAUUCAUCAAAUGCAGUUGGUUGGCCAAAUGCUCUUAACUAAAUGUUUGCCCAAAUAAAAUGUUUGCCUCCAUUCAAAACUUGACUCCCAGACCUGGCCUGGUGUAUUUUUGUGAGUACCUACUCUGAAGGGAAGGCUGAAGCGUGCCUCUUGGAUGGUUGUUUAGCCACAACAUAAAUAAAGCUUUGCUGCUCAGCAGGCUUUGCUGGCAGAAGUGGACAGCCAGGGGACUAGCAGCUCUAGGGCUAUAUUGUUGAGCUCAGUCCCUCAUUUCCACUGAAUUUCUUGUUCGCCUAGCAGGGGAAUAAAAUGCAAAAACAAACCAAAACAAAAAACAUAAUCUAAUAUUCCUCUUUGCCCACGUUAAAAAGGAUAGUAAAAAAUUAUCAAGUCAUUAAACAGUUAGCAACACAAAGUAUUGAUAGGCUCUAAAAUAAUCUCUUCUUCAGAGACCCAUAUCAAACAGCUCUUUCCCCACCUCAUAUACUCUGCAACAUGCUGGCUAUGAAUGUCUUUACAAGUAGUAUGAAUAAGGUAAUCAGAAUGUGCAGCCACUAAUAAUUAACUUUCCUCUGGGCUUUGCCAAAGUCUUUUCAGGAAUAUCUUUAAUGUGUCUAGAAGAUUGGUAGAUGACCAGGAGGAGAAGGAAUUGGUUGGUGAGAGUAGUCAGCAUGUAAUCCACGAGAAGUGAAGGAUCUCUGGAACUCAUUUUGCUCCCAUUUCAUUAGUGGGAUGAAUCAGUAUGUUUAGCUACAGCUGCCUACUUUGGUAUCAGGUGGCCCUAAGGUAACUUUUUAUUCUUUUUAUUCUGGAAUUCUUUUGUCGUUGUCACAGAAAGGAUAAUUGAUGAUUUGGGGUGUGUUUUUUUUUUCUUUCAUUUUCACUCAUACAAAGUUGAGUAAAUGUUAUUCUUUUUCUUAUAUUGGUGGCAUUUCCCUUCCUUGUUUGAGUAAGAUGAUAAAUGCAACAAUUUUGGCUGGUUGAUUUUGGGGUGAAGUUUUUAUUUUGGUUUGGGGUUUUCCUUUGGUUAAAUGUACAUUGUCUCUCUAUAGUCAAAAUGUCUGUGACUGUAACAGUAUGUAUUUCUUUUACUGGAGAAAAUAGACUUUUUGGUUUUUGUUAACAAUACUAGUGACUUUGUGGAAAAUGACAAGUUGCUAUUUAGAUCUGCUUAGUAAGUACAUUACACUACAAUACAGUAUUUCUGAAAGCUAGAACAUACAGUACACAAUAUAUAUAGCAAUUCUAUAUCAAUAUAUAUACAUAGUAUAAUCAUUUAACUUUUGCAUCUGCCUAUGAUCAUAGAAAAAAAUAUUUUCACAUUUAUCAUUCACAACCCAAUCAACUGCUGCAGCUACUUGAAGCAUUUAACAAUCGUUAUUACAGCUCUAUUGUGCUUUUUCAUAUUAUUUGCUUCUUUAUCAUCUUUACAAGUAUUUUUUUUCAGGCUUUUUAAAAUCUCUAUGUAGCAAGAUGUAGGAAAGUAAUUUUUUACGAAAAGGUAAAACAGUAUUAGGCUCUUCAAAAACUUAGAUGUUGUUCCCUGCUAUCCCUCUCGUAUCAGAAGAACAAUUAAUCGAAACGAUUAAGAUUAUCUAUUUGCUCUCUUCAAAGAUGUCCUGUUCUUGUUUCAUUUACAAAAGCAUCUGUCAGACUUUCCUCUUCCACCACCACUAGCCUUGCAGAAAGAUGCCAGAAGUGAUCCUUCACUCUUUCCAAAUUCUGUUCCUUUGAAGUUUUAAGAUUUCCUAAAAUUCUUCCCCGCACCAAGAAGAAGAAAUAUAAUUCUUUUUUACAGUCAUUCUGAAUGUGGCCAGUGGAUUUUGACAGGAAUUGGAUACAAAAAACCUCCAUCCACCACUAUUAAUAUAUUCCAAUUAGGUUUUCCAUAUCCACUUGAAUGCAUCUUUUUCAAUGGACAACACCUCCCCGAAGUUGGAGUUUCAAUUUGAAAGUUUUCCAAUGUUGAGUGUUGCCUUUGUCAUCUUCCAGUUGGUUCUGAGCUUUGAGUCAGACCCAUUAGGAUUUCACUGUCACCACAGAGCUACUGAAAAAAUGCCACUAGGAAUAUGUCAACAUCUGAAUAGCCCAGAGGAAAUUGAUCAGCAUCCAAAUCUUGUGCCUUGGGGUGUCCUUUCCCUGUUCUCAUCUUGCAGCGCACCACCCAGGCAGCAAGUCUAGAUCCAGACUUUGUACAAGUUCAAACUUAUGAGAGCUUGGGAAUUUCUUUGCUUUUCCAGUUCACCUACAUCUCAGCUGAUCUUUAUUCCUUUGGUCAAUAACAUAUUAAUUUGAAAUGAAAAUGUGCAAAAUCAAGUGGAUGAGAGUUGUGGAGGAGGUAUUCAUUGUAUCUUGUUUCUUCUAACUGUAAAAACUGGAAGAAAUGAGAAAUGGUCACAUUGAUUAUGAACUGUGCUUUCAUUGAGAAUGAGAAAAUCUGCGUCACUGCGAAUCAAUAAACUUAAAGGUGAUUUUGGAGUGAGAGGAGAGGGAAAGAGUUAUCUAUGCCACCUCUUGGGAUAAUAGCAUGAGAACUUCAAGCACGGGAGUCAUCAAGUGCUGGCAGUCCUUACAGACUCCUGUCAUCUGCCAUUUGCACUUACGUGGAGGCCACUACCACAUCCUUUUUCUUUCUACUUGCAGUUUAAAAGUCAUGGUCUUCCAGCAGUGAUUUCUAAGUCUGGCUUUUCUUUAUUCUGUGUAUAUCCAUUUGUGAGGGAAGGAAGAGACUACUAAUUUGCCCUACUACAUAGAAGAUGAUUUUGGUCCCCUUAAACCAAAGAGGUGCCAUUUCCCAAAUUAAUUCUAGUUAGCUGCUGCGACAGAGUGCUGAUUCAGUGGUCUGCAUUUUCUGACCAUGGUCUUUGCCUUUUCUUUUGACUCAGUGCUAAAUCAUGCAUAUUUUCGUAGAGAGUGUUCUCACUUCACUGAGAAUGCCUGCUCAUUUUAAUGGCUGCAUACCCAUUCCAUGCUUCCCCUGCUAAUCCUUUGUAAGGUUCAGUAAUUCAUUUAGGAUAAUGACUAGUUAAUAUGUUUCUUGAUUUAACUUCCUUGUUGCCUUUUAUUUUUCCUAAUGCUUUUUUAAGCACCACCGCUCAUUUUGCAUCUUAUACAGUUUACAGUUUAUAUUUUUAGGCUAAGAAGUGGUUUUACAAACAGGAUGGUACCAAACAGGUAGAUUAUCCACACUAGAGAUUGUACUUUUAGAAUGCAGUGUGUACAGAUACAAUUGCCUAAGGGAAAGUGAAACUAACAAAAUAAUCAGCUGGUGAACACUAUUUUAACAUAUCUUUUACAUAAAGGACAGUCAGUCAUUUGUGAAUCCAGAAAUCUUGCUUUUUUGAACGUGUAUCCUUUCUUUUUCAUUCUCUGAAGAAACACUAGCCUUGAGAAUUGUUAUGUUCUACGAAACUUGUAUGUGCAUAUUUUCUGUUUUUCUGAAGAGAGAGAAAACAGAAGGUGAUACUGGCUUUGCAGUUUUCUAGUCUUGUGUUGGAGACUUUCCUUGAAUGAUAUAAACAUUAAGGGAAGACUCUAUCCAAGUAUUACCUUUAUCCUAUUAUAUGGUUUUCAUUGUUGCUUUCUGUUUCCAUCUCCUCGUUGACCAAGUAGACCUCCUGGGCUAAUGCAAGCCAUAUUUCUGCAGAUGAUAGCAUUACUAUUCAGCUCCGUUCUGCACUUCUUUUCUGUUUAAUACAGCUUUUGAGGAACGCAACAGUGGAAUUAGGUAACACUGUCACCACAAGAGGGAGAACCUUGUACUAAGAGAGCAUUGUCCUGUACUACGGUGCAGGGCCAGAAAGGGAUUCUAAAGCUCUUAUCUGCAAGGCUGAAUAAGAGGAGGGUCCCUCUGCCUUGGGGGAGCUUGUGCCAAAGACUGGGGGAUCUCCCAAGAGAGAGGAGUGUUUGAACUCCAUACAAGGGACUUGCUCUUCACCCACUCCACUUAGAGAAAAAGACUGAAUCUUCAGCAUCUGCUGCUGCUCUUUCUUAUUCAUAUAAGACUAUCUUUACUUUUUUAAAUCUAUAGUUCCUAUUUAUUGGUGGAAGAGGUGUCACUGCUUUAGUUUUUGGAGUCAGAUCUAGAUUAGUUCAAAAGUAUCUUCAACAAGUUUCACUGUCUUUUGGGGUGUGCCCUGUUUCCUUUGACGUAAUUCCAGAAUGUAGUCUGGAUUUCUGUGAAACUCUUAGAAUCCUUUAAAUCUUUUAUUUAUUCCCAGUUCCAUAUAUACUGAGCAUUCAGUCCCCUGGAUCCUUGUUCCAAAGUUCAGAUUCAAAGAAACUCUUACAGUGCAAUGACACAAAAAAAAUUGGUGGGUUUCCCAAUGCUUCACCCAUAAUCAGCUUUUGUUGCCAAACAUAAGAUACAAAGGCUGCUCAGUUCAGUCUGGAUGUCCUGCAUAACCUUCUUGUCAGCAUCAUCUAUACUUAAUCCCAAAAUCAGAAUGGACCAAUGCUUUCUGGGCCAAAUCCUGCAGGUGUGACUCACAAACUCUUUUGUUGACUUUGUACAUCCUCUCAGACCGGGAAAGCAUAUGUAGUCCUACAGAAGGUCAUAGUCCUAAGAACUAAUUUCAUAUACAUCCUUUACAAUGUCACAAGACUGUUCUCCAUAAUUUAGAAUGUUCCUGCCCUAGGUUUUCACCUUUCCUAAAACUGACUUAAGAUUUGAUUUCAUUCUACCAGGCAUAUUUUGCCAUUUUUAAGGGCUCUGUGAUUAAAGGGACUACUUCUUGCUGGGAGACUUAAACAGUCAAAAGAAUUACCCAAAAUACAGAGCAGGACAGCCACUUCCCAUUGAAUAACACAUGGGAUGUUUUUUUGUCCAUAAAGUCAUAAGUAGCCUUGAGUCCUUCAUUCCGCAAGUACACAAGUACAUAGCCUUUUUUGAUUGGUGAUAGCAUGUUAAUCUUAAAUAAUUUAAUAGGGAGCCACAAUAGCUAGUGUAGAUAUAUGAUACAAAGCAAUUGCUUUUCCCUAAUUUACAGCCUUGCUGUGUCACUUUUCUAUUACUAGAACAAUGUACAAGCGUUUGGGGUGUAAAUGAGAGCUAUGACCCAGUGACAUUGCAGCAGUGAUAUGUGGAGUUAAAUAAUUCUACAUUUCUGGCUAUUUUACCCAGAGGCUCUCUCACAGUACCUUUUCUGUAAUUGUGUGGGUGAAAUAAAGUUGUUUAUUUGUAAUGUCUGAUUAAAUAACCCAAAAUUUGGAGAAUACAUCAUGUUUUUCUUUAGACUUCUUUUAAAAACUGUAUGAUUGCAUCUUGUAUGCAGGGGAAUGGAUGGGAGCCCACAUGGGAGUUUGGCAUGAGCUUGGCAUUUCAGCAAACAGGACACCCUCAAAGUACAGUCAAUAGAGAAAAAUUCAUUGCUGAUGGUUAUACUGGCUAAACUGUUGUUUGUAGACUUUACAGAAGAGCUAGUGAGCAUUACCCCUUUUGCGUCUCGUGCAUGCGUUUACAUGGGACACACUGCUGUGGCUCUGCACCCAGAGAUAGAGGGUUUAGAUGCUGGCCCCUUCCCAUAGCUAGCAAUUCAAUUGCAGUCUAUUUUUUCUGACAUUCUUGAUACUAAAAAUAAACAGCAAAAGUCCUCGUGACCUGGCAUUUUUCUGCUUUGGAGAUAGAUAUUCAGGAUCUCCAUACCCUUAAUUAAACUCCUCUUAGGCUCCUUGCUUCUUUCUGUGCACUUGAAAGCCUGUUAAUCUUUAGAAUGAAACGGAGUGUAUCUGUGUGUCUGAGUCAAGGACACAGUUCUUCUGUCUCUGCAAGAGAAAAAAAAAGGAGGAGUUUGUUUCUCAUUUAUUCUCUGGUUUAUUUGCUGGUGUUUGCUUUUGUUUACAUUCUGGGUAGGCUGCAGUUUUCAACAAGGGAUUGGGAGCGGGAGAAAAGGGAGAAGGCUUGAGGAAGCAUGUGCCUGAGCCUGGAUGAAGCAUCAUGCAAUAUUCCUCUAUGUGCUGAGCAAUUAUAGACAGCAGUGGGAUUGCCGUAGUAUAUUUCUCUUUCUAUACGUUUCCCUUUCUUCCUCCUCCUUCACCAUUGUGGCCUCUAAUGCUCUUUUAGAAGCUCCCCACACUCCUUUCUCAUCAUUAUGAGUGUUAGAUGGAAGCUUUUGUGGCUGUCCAAGCCAACAUUAAUCUCCAAGUACUGGUAAAAGCCCCAUGGUCUUUAUUAUGUUUUUCCAAGUGAUACCUUAGUGAGUGGCAAGCCGUGGCAGAUGUUGUUUUGUUGAAACAGAUCAAUAAACUAGGGGAGGCAUAGGCUGAUUGGGAUCCGGUAACCUACUUGCCUUUGUUACUAGUGAGCUUCAUAGCAUUUUCUUAUGUAUUUUCAGUUUUAGGUACGUAAAAGCUUAUAUGCCUGUCAUUAAAAUUCCUGCUUUUCCCACCAUAGCCCUAGAAGGGCUAUGAAAAAAAUCCUUUAUAUAUAUUGCUUGUGUAUUUGAAAGGUGAGGGAGGGAACUUUCCAUGCACGUGUGACUCUGUGUGUGAGGGAGAAAUCCGAAGUUAGUGUUGAUCUGUCCAUUUGUUUUAGGGUGGCCAGAGAGCUCUCACUUUGAGAAGUUGAUUGCACUACAGAACCUUAGCUUGGGCACUGUUAAAAUAAAGACUGUAUAUUGGGAACAGGGAAGUUUUUUGGUUUUUUAUCCACACUUACACAUGCCAUUUGCAAGGUGUACCCUUGCAGAUUUUGCAUCUGACAAGUUUGUGUAAAACCACUACUGACCUUUUUGCUGUAUCCAUUUAGUUCUCUCUUCUUUCUGCAGCCCCUAGAUGUCUUGUCUCCAUUUUCAGUCAUUUGGUUUCUUAUGUUUUCAAUAAUUAUCCUGUCUACUAAUGAGACCUCUGUGUCGAGCAGGAGGAGGAGAGAAAUUGAGGCAUGUGAAAGUGUGGCUGGGAGACUGCAAAUCCCCCUUUGUUUUGGGGCAUUCGUAUACUUUUACUGAGUGCUGAUUUCUUGGGGGUUGGGUGGGGUGGGAAUUUGUGCUUUUUUGGUCUGGAUAAGGCUUUUUAUUUUUUGCACUAAGUAUGACUGCACUGCACUGCAUUGCACUACUGAAAUGUAUUUACAUGUGGUGGGAUUGGAAGGGGCCAAUUAAGCAGAAAGGGAAAGGAGAAAGGGAUGGGCACAGAAAUCAGAUGUAUCACAGACUUGACCAAGUUGAAAGAGAACUGGGGCUACCUUUACUUUAAGCAACUAGUCAGACACUGAGAUAGCUGUACUGGAUAGCUUCUGAAAAAGAAGAAAAAGAAAAAAAAAAGUAAAAAAAAGCACUACAACAGAAACAGAAGAGGCAUCACAGGAUUCAGAGUGCUACAGAUGUUUUUCUCCCAUUUUCCUAGAGAGUGUUCUUUGUGGCUGUGAGAGAGUUAAGGGAACUGCUUAACAUGAAUCCAGAGUAAGGCUUCAAUACAAAAAUACUGAUUUCUAGUUCAAAAUCUGCUCAGGAUCUGCUUUUUCAGGCGGGAUCUCUUUAGAGAGAUUUGGCUGUGAUUAGUAUCCCUUGGGUGUAAGUAUGAUCUCCCAGCUCAAGAAGUGAAGCCACAAAGCAGGCUUACCAAAGGGGAAGGUCACUGAAAAAAGCUCUUCUUUCAAAGGUUGUUAUGGGAAUGGUGCAAUAAAGUAAUUCUGAACACUCGAUCAAAGGUGUUCCAGUCAAGCCUUUGAGGCAGAAGUGUGAUGUGGGAUUCAGUACAGAAAGGAAUAUUCCUGCUUGGACAAAGAUGUUCUCUGGCAUUUUUAGAUCUUCAGUCUAAUUUCUCUACUCAAACAAACAGUAAAACAUUGCAAAGGCUUCUGGCUGGAAACAAAUGGAAUUCAUAGCAUAGUGUUUUUGCAAUCAUGAUUCAUGGUGGCCUAUAUCUUGGUCAUCAAUCCUGUAGCAAGCAUAAUAGGAGAAAAAAGAAAACAAUGGCAAUGUGCAGCAAGGUCCAUCUUUGCUGUAGCUCUUUGUGACCUAUAAAUUCUCAAAAGUUUGUGUUGAAUCUCUUCAGUAAAAUUAUAAUUACAACUUCUGCCAGAGGAUAAAAUAGAAUCAUGAAAAAUGCUCUGUAUAACAACUAGGAGAAGAGUGUAAAACAUGAGGGCAUCUGCUUUGGUUCUGUGAUGCAGGGGCCACCUGUCUAAUGUGUGCAGAGGUUGCAUGAACAAAAGAGGGGAGGUAGGCAUCCAGUUCCUAAGGAAAGCCUACAGUAACUGGGUGUUCAAAAGUGCAUUCAUGCCCUGAGUUUCUCUGUGGGCCUGAAGCUAAGACCUUUUGGCAUCAUUAGUAUCAAGUAGUGCAGACCUGACACAGAGCUGCACAGUGCAGAGCUAAUUGUUGCUGGUCAGUCCAUUGGGCUGCCUCGUUCAAGAAAAGUAUCAAGAACUAGAGGAGAAAUAAUAUACCUGAGGCUGGUCCUGGGUGAGAUGAACAAGCCUGUCUGGAACCAAAAGAGACUUCAUAGUUAAGAAUGUGUCUGUCUAAGAAACUCUGAGAUUUCCAUUUUUGUUUAGAUUUCAUCCAUCCUGGCUUGGAAGCACCAGAAGAGAAUUGGAGAUAACCCCUGAUACAGUGGAAAGUGAACUACUGAGUGGCUCUUCCCUCAAGAGCAGGCAAUUCAGUGGGACACGUGGUCUCUUUCCAAGCUAUCUGCAGGAAUCCAGGAAGGCCUUCUUCCAGUAAUGAGUCAGAGGUCACCCAACAAAAGCACAGUUCGUUUGAGAGCCAGCAUAAUACAGUGGCAGGAGAGCACAUUUCGUUUGCAAAGUGGCAUUUGCUUCCAUAUGAGUAGUUAUAGCUACAGGUUCAUGAUAUGGGAGAGAAUCAAGUCUGUCUACUGAAGUUAGUUUGGGUUAUGAGCCAAUACUCCCCCUUUUCGUUUAGGUGAGCUUUUGUUUUGUUUUCUUGUUCAAGGCAGCUGCAUAUAUUGCUACUGUCAGAGUGGAUUUGCAUUGUCAAAGAGGAAUAGUGGACUACUCACCAGAAAAGUGAAGCUGAGGAUUUACUGAGCCUGCUGUGUCCAGAGUGCCUUUCCUGCUGUGGUAAAAUAAAGAACUUCUAUAGUUUGAGCUGUUCUGGCUGAGUGAUAGCUGCAUAUUCCUCCCUUGUGGGCUGACCUGAUGUCAGCCGUGUUUGGACAAGGAGAGGAACACUGCAUGCUUGCAAUGCUGUGAUAAGAUGCCAUUUGCACUAGUUUUUUUUUUUUAAAGUACUGCGACCUGAAGAAGUGGGCUUUAAGCCAUGCUCCCCAACAAGGUUUGAAUUCAGCCUGUUUAAACUUGAUUCCAUCUGACUUGGUUUCAGUAAAACCAAUCCCGUCCAUGUAAAGAAGAACCAAACCACUUUUAAAAGCCACAUUCCGGCCUCUGUUCCCUCUCAGUUACAGUGCUCAACCAGAUCAGUUCCUGGAUGUAUAGUUGUACAGUGAUUGUAUAGUUUUAAAUGGCUUUUAAACAGGUUGUUCCUUUUUACAUGGUCAGUUUGAGACUAGUUUAACUGAAAAUGCAUUUAAAUAUAGCACAAGCUCAAUUUUUUCAGCAUGGUACUAAAGCCCCACAUAGACAGUGCUUGACUGAGAAACCAAGGAUAACUUGAGGUUUGUUUUAAGAAGCCAAAACAUAUGUUGCUGAUUAGGGAUGCCACAUAACUUAAUGCCCUUUUUUUUUCUCCAGAUGGAGAAACACUAACUUCCAUAAUUCUCCUCCAUUUGUCAUCCUGCUUUAUUGUUGCACCUUUUCUCUUGAAUGAAAAUCACUUUGGCCAGUGGGCUAGAUCCAAAACAGAACUUCCCUUUGCUGUUUGAUAUCUUGUUUCUGUAUGUUCCUUUGCUAGACAUUGACAAGCACUACUGAGGAUCAGCUUGAGUAUUUGCUGGGACUGCGUGGCUUAGUUACAGUUCAAUAAGAUUCUAGUGAUGUUUUCAGUGUUAUGGUAAUUGCAUAGCUUACCCUUUUAUUAUGUUUCAGAAGUUCCAGUGAAAAACAAAAAUGCCAGUAAUUAUGAUGGAGCUUCAGUCACAGUGCUAUGGCUAAGUUUGUAGGGAGCAUGCUUCUGGUGGCCGGUGAUGCUGACAUUUACAAAGGGGAUUCUAAAGCAAUAGAGAAUGUAUGCCUUCUCAUCCCUGCUGAACUUAGAGAGUUUUUGCUAACAGAAUGAUCCCAGACUAUCCUGUUAGAGUUCAUCAUUUUUUUUCCCCAAUGGAGAAGGCUAAGCAAUCUGUCACUUCAACUUCAGCAGUCUGAGUUUCAUUCUGGACUGCUCCCAAAUGGCCUCCCAGACAGGUGCCCUCCCUGACUGAUCCCACUUCCACUCUGGCUGGUCGUUCAUCAGAUCAGCCAAGGUGACUGAGACACAGCCUUGGCUACAGCUAGGAGCCUUUUCCUUUUGGUUUCCGUCAAACCUGAAGCACAAUUAGCAGUGAUUAGAAGUCAGGUCAGCUGUUGCUCCAGGUGACAAGAAUGGCAAAUCUGAGCAGCAAAUUGAGCUACUGUUGUCCUUCAGAACAGCGGUAAAGGCAAGAGACUGGGCUCUGGUUGCUGGUGUAGUUACAAACCUAUAGCAUCUACUCCAAACUUGUUCUGAUCAACUAUGCUGUUGCCCUCGAAUAUGCUUUGCGUGUGAAAAACUGAAUGCAAUUGUUCUGUUGUCUGUCUCCUCUAUUCUGCAUUAUGGAUGUGGCACCAACUUACUCUCACAAUGAACUUGGGUGUUGUUUUGCUGUUAUUAUUAACAUGUAAUUCUACUGUAGACCAAAAAAAAUAUGAAAAGAAAAAAAUCAGUUUCAAGACAUAAAAGACCAGUGAGUGAAAGGUGAAAAAGGCAGGAAGCAAAGGUGUGAGAGAAGCAGUGGUUAACUGUGCUAAGUUAAAAAUCUCAGAAUAGCCUUACCUAUUUCUUAACCAAUGCUUACCAAUCAUCCAGUAGUGGGGUUAGAUAGCUUUCUUGGCUCAUUCGUACCUGUAUCCUAAUAUAUAUAUAUAUAUAAUUUUUGUUUCUUUGGUAUUGCUGUUGCACAUCAUGUUGUCUUUUAUAAUGCCUGAUUUUAUUGUAUUGUACUUUAUUGGUCUGGUUUGUUUUUGUUUUCCUUUUGAAGGAUGGGAAAAAUUAUGUUUCCUUUUUGUUUUGAAUUUGUGAGAAAGAAAUGCACUGGAAGUAAACACAAACACACUUUGCCAUUUGAAAAUUAAAAAAAGAAAAAGGAAAACACACAGCCACGCAGUGGAAAAAAAAACUAAGAAAAAGCUCCCCUCUUCUUCCUUACAAUGGAAGCAUCCUCUGAAAUAUAUGCUAGAAGGAAAACAAUCAGUCUCAAACAAAGGAAGAGAGAAGCCUCUUUGAUCCCAGCUCUGCAAUCUGGAAUAUUUAAGCACAAUGUUUUGCAGGGCUGGGCUCCUACUUGGCCAGCGGUCAUAAAAUCCAGAACCACAUGGGGCAAAUUCAUCCCUGGUGCAAGCAGAUGUCAUUGUAAUGAAGUCAAAGGAGGUACACAAAAGAUGGAUUUAGCCACGCGUGUGAGAUACAGCUGCCUUCCCUGUUGUACCUAAGUCCCCACUGCUAGAUAUUACCGAUGUCAGUCUUUUGGCUGUGUUAAUCACAUAAUACACAUUGAACCUUGUUCAAGGUAGGCAAAACACUUUCCCACUGAGUAAGUCAGUUCUGGAUGCACCUUUGCGUGAUGCUUUUUGCCUACCAGCUUUCCACUGUUACGUGCUCCCAGCUGUGAGCCAAUCUGAUUAACCCUGGUCGAAGAGCCUGCCUUUGCCAGAAAAUGGACUUGACUUGUUAAGUGUAGUAAAACGUUGCGUAUUUAACUACUAUAAUCCAGAAAUUGCCCUUGCACUUUUAAGGCAUAUGGAAAGAUCCUCUCUGUCUUUCAAAAUGGCUCCGGUUCUUUUGCGAGUAAAACACACACACAUGCAUACAAUCCAGGGGCUCCACACCCCAAAUUCUUCCCGGGUCCUGUACUCGGCUGCGUCCUGCCUCCUAGUGCCUGGCCCUUUGAGCCCAGCAGGACAGAUGCACGUUGGAAUAAAUGCAAAGAGCACACCUUUUAAAAGGCAGAUGAUUUUCCUGUUAUGCCAGCAUCUUUCAAUCCCCAUAUCAGCUGAUGAUUUUCCUAGCCUGAUGGCGUUCAAUCAGUCGUUGAAACAUUGGCUUUCUCUGUUUUGUUUUCUAAGGAGGGAAUGUGGGGUGGGGAGAAUAAUGUGUUGUUUUUUGUAACUUCACAGUCCUGAUAGUUGGUUUGUAUCUUCCAUAUUUUAUGCAAAAACAGACAUUAUAAGUCAAUAAAUAAUUGUGCCCUAGGUUGAAAGUUAAGUGUUCAGGAAAAGAAAAAAAAUGGUUGGCAUUUUUCUACAUUUUUGUGAAGACUCUUUUGGAAAGGAAGGGUACAUAUUUUUGUUGUGUAGUAUUUUCUAUUUUUGAAUGCAUUUUCUUGGUACAAGACUGUUUUGUGGAAUUUUUUUUUCUUUUUGGUGAACACAUUAUUUAAAAAAAAAAAAAUGAAAAGAAAGAAAAAACUAAUUGAAAAGUUUGCCCUUAAGGAUAUGCUGCAGUUUUGAGGUUUAAAAAAAAAAAUAAAACAUUCAAGGCGCGUGUUAAAAGUUGGGGGAUUGUAUUGUUGGGAGUUUUUUUGUAAUUGUUACAAGAAGAAGUUUGUAGCCACUGCUGUUUAUUUUGUUUCAGAUGAGUAAGUAAAGGGAUUGUUCUUGUGUUAUUCUUUUUUUAAAAAAAAAAAGUUAUUUAUGAAAUGUCACAAACACUGGACUGUGAGUUUGUGUGGAAGCAUUUUACCACCCUGUGUCUUCAUAGAGCUGUUGGUGAUCCUACUUCUCAUUACUCUGCCUUAUGAUUUCCUGAGCAAAUCUGGGGAGAACAAUGGGAGGGAGAGAGGCAAAAUAGAAUCUAGAUGCAUUUUUGAGACAGAAAAAUGCAAACAAUGUUUUGGAAUUCCCAUACGUGGACCAUCAGCUCUACUUCUUCUCCUUUGUACCACAGGAAAGAGAAGGGCUUGCAGGAGAAGGAAGCCUUGUGGUACAGUAGACUUGGCAAUGUGCAAGGGGCUAAGCAAUCGAGAGCUGUGAUGCUCAUGAUGACCUCUGUAAAUGACAUCCCAGUUCCUCAGUAAGCAGCUCCCCUAGCUUGCCCAUCAUCAGACCAGUGGCUUCUGGGCAACUUCACCAACCCAACCCAACCAAAACCUUGGGGAUGGUUUGCCUUUACAGUUGCCAAGCAAGGUUUUUUGGCACCCCGUCAGUAGGCACGAGCAGCAGGUAGCACUGCUCAGUGUGAUCACUGGUUCUGGAUCUGAGGAGAAGUAGAGGCUGAAGGUGGCCAGAGAGGUGUGUGGUGUUCUCAGUUUGGAAGAAUAUUCUUGAAAUUAUUGAAGAGUAGUGCUCCAGGCACUCGUGGGACCAGAGAAAAGGGAAGGAGGAAGACACCAACAGCCAUAACAAAAACUGGAGAUAUGUAACUGGGCUACAUACUAGACCAACCAGACUCUUCCUUCCUGGACAAUAAUGCAGCCAAAUCUCGAGACUGUCAAGCAGACAGAAAGCUGAAUGUGGCCUUCAUUUCUCCUGCCUUUCCUUUUUAUUAUCCCUCUUCCUUUGCCCUGAGAUUUCUUCUCAGUGAGCAUCCGCUCUGCUGAGCACUUUUUUUGCCCUCCGCCUAAACUGCCCUUGCUUUCAAAAUGUGGGUUCAGUCAGGACUGAGUAAAAUCAUGUGCCUUCUUUUUCCAGUUUUGUACUUAUGCCAACCUCCUCCCCUCCCCCACCUUACACACGCAAGAUGCAGAAGGAGGCUGUUUAGGAGUGCUGCUUGUCUGCAGGCGUCCAGCAAAGCAUUGAGGUGGUGGUGAGGGAAAGGAAAGCAGAGAGAGCUGUUAACUCCUUUCCCUUUCAACAAAUAGCAUGUCUUCCCUGGCAGAGGGUGGCAGAGGAGAUGCCCUCUGCCACCUCCUCCUCUGAUGGUCCCCUCUCCUACCAAUCAGUCCUAGCAGGCAUGGGAUGGCUUUUCACUCUGGUUCCUGUCCUGGCUGAGUGAAACACUCGCUCUAUUGGGGUUCAUGCCAUUCACAAGCAGUUAUAUUAAGGAAACCAAUGCAGUUUGUGGCCUUAUCAAGAUGAGUUUUAAACCACUACAAGACAAAAAGGCAAGUCAAUUCCUGCCCAAGGUUUGUGUCACUUUCUAAAAACCCAGUCCUUCGCAGUUUAGACUCUGUUAAUCUCAGUCCAUUUUAAUGAUGGUGGCUCAACUGACCAGCCAAGCAGUGAAGUACUAGACUGUCUGGUCUUGUGCUUUCUUUGCUGUAAUCCCCACUGUCUGCUUGCUUUUCUUGCUUUCUCUGUAUUCUCUGCUUUACAAGCAGCCCUAUUGUUUGGUAAAAGGUGAGAGGAGCCAGUGGGAUCCUGGCUCAGGGAAAGGAGUUGAUGGAUCAUUUUUCAGUGUUUUAGCGGAAGAAGGAUACACCAGCUGCCACAGCACAUGCAUAUUAUGAUGGACUGGCUAUGGUAUUUUCAGGGCCAAGAAACCCCACCCUGUUAUUGGAACAUGGCUUAUUCCCAGGUCAAAACUAUGAAUAGGAAAUAGUGCUUUGGCAUACUGGAAAAGUGGCUUGCCACCCACAUUGCAGGGUAGCGAUGGGUGCAUCUCACUAAUGGUCUGCACAUGUGCAUGUGUAAUCAGAGGAAGGGUGUAAUCCUACCAACUUUCGGUGCUGAUGGACUUUAAACAUUUGUCCAAGGCCUUUUGACACACUACACACUUAAUCUACAAAACAAACUACAUCACAUGCAAUAUUUCAAAAAAAAAAAAAAAUAAGAGAGGGAGGGAGGAGAGGAGAGCAGUGAGGGCAGUCGGGAUUGUUAGGGUUGCAUUAUUUUGCAUCUUUUGUAAAACUGUAAAUUCAGCAGUGCCUUACUCCUAAUAGAUGCUGGCACUUGGGACACACGCACGGAAGUAUUGAUGACAGCCAGAGCUAGGGAGAGUCAGAUGUGUGCAUCCAUGAGACAGAGGUCAGUGAUCACAGUGGAAGCUGUACUGGGAAUGACACAGCUAUGUCAGACGUUCAAACACUCAAGCUCUCAAGCAAUUUCCCUUCUGCCACCUCCUGCCUUCCCUCCUUGCCAAUGGUGCUGCCCAAGAAUAGCUGCCUACACUGAGGCCUGUCACUGCCCCAUUUGCUUUUGGUGUUGUCAAGUCGAGGAGUUCCGCAUAGUCGAGCUUUCCACCACUAUCGUGUUUUCCAUGGGGCAUGUGAAUGCCAGUUAUUUUGCUUUAAAUGCACUUUAAAAAAAAAAAUCAAAUCAAAGCUCCAGACUGUUUCAAAUGCAUAGGGGAAGCUAGUGCAUAUGUGUUUGAACCCAGUUCACCUUAUCUCCAGUUGAAAUGUACUCCAUGCAGUGUGUAUGUAUAGAACAAUGUGUAUGCGUUCGAGCACACACGUCAACCUUAACUAUCAGCAGACUAUAACCUUUCUCCUUAAGCUCAUGAAACCAGAUGCUACACAAACACAGCAGCAGCAGAGGAAUUAUGUUGGGCUCUUGAAACAGAUCACAAAAAACAAAAGCAACUACUUGGUCCUUUCUGUAUAUUCAAUAAUUACAGGAGGAAUUGGGUUGUAACCGGAAUAAAAAGGAACGGUGCUAACUGAGUGAAUGGGCAAAACCAACAGAAAGAAAAACAAAAACUCAGCCCAGUAACACAGUUUGACUUUUACACUAAUUCUUACAUUGGGUUGGUUGGUUAUGUUUUUUUUUGUUUUGUUUUAUAUGAAAAAAAAAUGGCAUCUAAAUUGAUCCACCUGCAAAAGAAAAAGCAAACAAAGUGAAACACAUCCUGCCCUGAGGAAGCUUUUGUUUAUGGAGGAUGUCAGAAGUCUCAAAACUCUCGGCCUUGCUCUCACGUACCACAUGCUCGAUCAGUCCUUUUUUUAAAAAGUCUGAAACUGAAAAAAAAGAAAAAAAAAAAAAGAAAAAAAAAAAAAAAAAAAAAAAAAAAAAAACCUUUUUGAAGCACCUUAUGUGGCUUUCCCAUUCCAAGAGCGCAAGAGUGGGAGCCACCUUUUUUUCUUUGAGCACCUUACUGAUGUGUUAAUGCUAUCUGCUGUCUUUUUGUUACCCAUGGGCUGAGCAGUGGCUGCCAGCGCAGAUGUGCAGGUGUGUGGGGCCAAUCUGCACCACGUGGCAUGGGAGUGAGCACGCGGCCGUCACCUUCCUCUUCCUCAUGGUAUCAGCAGGGACCCAGGUGGAAAUUUCUGGGGCCGUCUUUGCUCUGUUUCAUGGAGGGAGGAAAGGGGAAGGCAAAAAUGCUGAGCGGUGGAGGGAAACAAAAGGGGUGCUUUCAUUUUGAGGAAAAUUCCCAACAGUCAGAGCGGAAUGAAUGGGAAGCUGCACCCAGGGCUGCAUCCUGGGGUCUCCAUGCCAGCAACUCCCUGCAGUCAGCAGCAGCCUUGCCUGCAUGGAGACCCAUGGACGUGGCCCCAGUGAGCCCCAUUCGCUUGCAUUGCUGCUCACCUGCCCGCCACACUCCACACAUGCACCGCGAUACAGACAUCUCUGGAGAAACACGGUUUGUGAUGAUGUGAAGAGCAGGUCAACAGUUUUGAGGGGUUAAGUUCCUUUUUUUUCUCUCAUUAUACUCUGUAAAUGGUAUGUCAGUUAUCAAAAACAAGCAAAUAGAAAAUUGUUAAAAAAAAAAAAAUACCUUGCAUACGCCUUUUCUAUCAAGUGCUUUAAAAUAUAGAAUAAAUACACACAUCCUGCCAGUUUUUUCUUACAGUGAGAGUAUCCUUACCUGCCAUUUAAUAUUAGCCUCGUAUUUUUCUCACGUAUAUUUACCUGUGACUUGUAUUUGUUAUUUAAAACAGGAAAAAAAAAUAAAAAAAGAAAAUUAA